GUCGGAUUUUCAUCAGUUGCAAGUUUAGAGAAGAAUAAUUGGUACUUUUAGUUAGUAAGUUAGGUCAAAUAAAAGGUUUCAUAGCAAUAGGUUAGUAAUGCAGAUAAUUGGAAAAUUCCCUAUUAUACCUUCAGCAGCAGCAUUGCAUACAGGAUAUAGGCAUUUUGGAAAUAUAGCAUAUAUAGGCAUUUUGGAAAUUCUAAUCAAAAUUGGACAAUAGUAAUAACUUGUUAAAUGGUUAUAAGAACACAAGAUCCGGAAGCGUCCGAAUGUGGAAGCGAUCGAUCCCGGUCUGGAGUAUUCACCCGUCUCGCAGCAUCAAUAGUAAAAGUAAACAAAUGGCUCAAGAUUAUCAGACCCUCAACACCAGAAGAGACCAAAGAUGAAAUGAUAGCAAAGAUCCAAGGUCCUCCGAUGCCAACGACACCAACAACGCCACGAAAUCCGUCCACUUCACGGGAUAAUAAAACAAGUGACCAGGCAACACCGAAGAAAAAAACGAAGACGAAACACUGGGUUAUUGAUCCUGCUGAGGGUUUCUAUUUCUGGUGGCUGAUGAUUAUCACACUCGCAGUGUUUUACAACAUGUGCUUUGUCAUUGCAAGAUCCUGUUUCCACGACUUACAAAGGCAGAACUAUCUCGUUUGGUUGACAUUUGACUAUGCCGCAGAUAUUGUUUACGUCUUCGAUAUGGUGGUUCGACAGAAAACAGGUUUCUUUGAGCAAGGCCUGUUGGUAAAAGAUAAAGCACGGCUUCGGAAAGCUUACAGAAGUAGCUACCAAUUCUACGUGGACGUAAUCUCUAUUUUACCAACAGAUCUAGGUUACAUUUUCUUCGGAAUACAUCAGCUCGAACUCAGGUUCAACAGAGUUCUUCGAUUUUCGAGAAUGUUUGAAUGUUUUGAGAGGGUAGAGACACGAACUACGUAUCCAAAUCUCUUCCGAAUAUCAAUCCUUGUGUUUUAUAUUCUUAUUAUCAUUCAUUGGAAUGCUUGCAUCUUUUACGCCAUUUCUAGAGCAAUCGGCUUUGGCUCUGAUGGCUGGGUCUAUCCGGAUCCGGCAAUAGUUCCAUUCGAUACGCUAUCCAGAAAAUACGUGUACAGUCUGUAUUGGUCGACGCUUACCUUGACAACGAUUGGUGAAACACCAAUGCCCGAGAAAGACAUUGAAUAUUUAUUUCAAGUAUUCGAUUUCUUGGUUGGCGUGUUGAUUUUCGCUACCAUUGUCGGUAACGUUGGCUCUAUGAUCAGUAACAUGAACGCUGCACGUUCCGAGUUUCAAGGAAAGAUGGAUUCUAUCAAGCAAUACAUGCAGUUCAGGGCAGUAAGUAAGACUCUUCAGAAGAGAGUAAUCAAGUGGUUUGAUUACCUGUGGACGAACAAGAAGUCAACCGACGAACAAGCGAUCUUAGGUUUGCUGCCCGACACUCUUCGAGCAGAAAUUGCUAUCAGUGUUCAUCUGGAAACUUUAAAAAGAGUCAGCAUCUUUCAGGAUUGCGAACCUGGAUUGUUGAUCGAGUUGGUAUUAAAACUUCGGCCACAAGUUUUCAGCCCGGGAGAUUAUGUAUGUAGAAAGGGUGAUGUCGGGAAAGAGAUGUAUAUCGUGAAAGAAGGUAAGCUUGGCGUGGUAGGUGACGAUGGUAUAACGCAAUAUGCGGUGCUGGGAGAUGGAGCAUACUUUGGAGAGAUCAGUAUUUUAAACAUUAGUGGAAACAAAACUGGAAACAGAAGAACAGCGAAUGUCCGUAGUAUUGGAUAUACUGAUUUGUUCUGUCUAUCAAAAGAUGACUUGCUUGAAGUAUUAUCAGAAUACCCAGGUGCAAAAUCUGUACUUGAGGAGAAAGGACGAAGGAUGUUGAUGAAAGAUGGAUUGGUGAACCAACAAGACGGAGAGGAUACUGCAGGGUUGGACGAGCAAGCUGCUUUGCAAAGAGUUGAAGAAAUGGAAAGAAGGUUUGGCAAGUUGCAAACAAAGUUUUCGAGAAUGAUGGCUGAAUAUGCGUCAUCACAGAAAAGACUCAAGAAAAGAAUUAAUGUACUUGAAACACGACUCGGUAAUGGUGCUACAGAUUCCGCAUCAGAAGAAGAUGAUAUUAUUCCGCUGGUUUCGAGUAAUAGCCUUCAAGUUCGGAAGCAGUGAAAUGAGAAACCCGUGUAUGAUAAGUUAUAUUGAGGUUAUGUUCUGAGGCCUUGUAACUGUGCCAACUCGGCCAGGAGGACGAUGGCUUGGAUUUGCUACUGAGAACCGUGUUGUACAAGUGAAUAUAUUCUUGGUUUACCCCGUUUAAAAUAUUCCACAAGGCUUGUCUCUUAUCGGACAUGUAAUUUACCCGCAACUGUUAAAAUAUGUUUAUGUAAUGACCCAAAGAAAUAUAAAAAAGCAAUAUCGUU